AUGCGGAGGAUGGAGGAGAUGGUUAGAGUGAGGCUGAGAAGAGUGAGGCUAAGAAGAAGAGUCAUUCGGGAUCGCAGCAAUCCAUUUGAAGACCUUGCUGAGGAAGAAUUCCUCCAACGAUUCAGACUGACCAAGGAGUGUGUGCUGAAUCUGUUGGAAAACAUCAGAGGACAACUUCCCAUUGCUGCAGAUGCAAGAGGUUGCCCAAUACCACAGCAUCUGCAACUCCUUAUAACACUGAGAUGUACGGCCACUGGUGGACACCAACUUACAAUCAAUGACUGCUACCAAGUCUCUCAGACAAGUAUUAGCAAGUGUCUCAGGACAGUGACACCCAUUAUUGCUCAGAUGGCAAAGGACUACGUGAAGAUGCCAACAGGUAUGAAUGCAAUAAGAGUAAUGGAAGGGUUUAUGGAGAUUGCCAGAAUGCCAGGAAUUGUUGGUGCUAUUGACUGCACCCACAUUCACAUUCUGCGACCAGCUUGUGAGAAUCCAGAACUGUACCGCAAUAGAAAAGCUUGUGAGAAUCCAGAACUGUACCGCAAUAGAAAAGACAAUGCAGAUUCGGAUGAUUCAAAUGCAGAUAAUCAUGGUGUUGACCCAGAAGCAGCCAUUGCUAACAAUAAUGCAGCACAACAAGCUGAAAGGGUGUUCAAGAGCAUUCCCUCUAAACUAUAUGUGUACAUAUAA